GCGUCGGCUUCGCGGAAUAAAAAAAAAAGUUGAAUCAAGCUGUGUAACAAGAUCGAGGCUCUGUUGUGUUUGUUGAAUAGAUUAUAAAUUUCAUGUAUUUCCCCGUAUUUUUGGGUGUUUUUGCAAAGUACAAAUGUUGUUUCGUUUAUCGGCUGCGUUUUUAGUUUUGCGGUGGCCCGAAACAAUUCGUCACUAUCGAUGUAAAGUUGCGGUGGCUUUCGGUGCGUGAGAGUUUUUUCGUUUCGUCUUCUUAGUUUCUUGUGGUCGUGUUUGUGGUAUUUGUGUUCCGAAAGUUAUAGUCGCGCGGUAUAGAGACAUUUGGCGGGACCACAACAAAGUGCUACGGGAAAGGCCUACACACCACCUUCUACGAUCAAACCACGCCGUGUACGAGCAUCACCUCGACGGCAACCGAGAUCAUGUCGCUGCGAGGAUUUAGAAAGCCUGCACAGAAUGGGAAUGCUGAGGACUCCAAGCUAUCGCUUAUCCCUGGAAGGAAGCGGAUCCAGAUGAUGGGAGACAGUGACAGCGAGAGCGAUGCAUCAACUACUCCCAUAAAGCCGGUGCCGAUCCCCGUAGUAGGUGUCGUAAAAGAGAAUGAGGCUUCCGAGGCUCCCGCCGCGUUAACUGUUAAAGAAAAAGAACUUAGACUUCAGUCGGUUAGACGGGCCUGUAUGGAAGUUGAUGCAAUGUUGCUGCAAACCGCCCUGCUGUCCAACGAUUGGGAUGUUGCCAAAGCAAUUGAAGAGCUUAAAAAAUCUGCGGUUAAGCGUAAAAUUAUCGCAAGCCCGUCGCCCGUGAAGCCAGCACCCCCCGUGCCGGUGGCCACUGGCACUGGUCAUCGCGAGCAGGCAGCAAAAAAGCGUCGUGUUCAAGAGUCUAACAAAAGUGAAGAAGAAAGUGAUUACGAUUCGGAUCGUCCUACUCAGCUCGUGUUCGAUAGCGACGAAGAUAGCGAUGGGCAUGGAGGCUAUGGCCAUGGAAAACUUUCCGCGGAGCGGAAGAGCGUGCUGGAGUUCCUAAAUUCUGCAGCGCUGCACGAGAUGGUUUGCAUCAAAACGUUAUCGAUGAAAAAAAUCGAACUGUUGGUAGAAUUGCGUCCCUUCAAAGACUGGAAGAAUCUUGUCGACAAGCUGAAAUCUCACCGAUCGCUGCAGACGGACAUUUUAAACUACACGCAAGAAUAUUUAACACGGCGCAACAACAUAGCCGCAGUCAUGGGAAAAUGCAAGAAAAUUGUCAAAAAGCUCGAGGAGGCAAUUGCGGCUGGCGGAACGCUGGUCGAACAACCGGAAAACAUCCCGGAAGGACUGAAGCUGGCAGAGUAUCAGCUUGUAGGAUUGAACUGGCUAACGAUCAUGCAUCGCCACAAUAUGAACGCCAUUCUGGCGGACGAAAUGGGUCUCGGAAAGACGAUCCAGAUCAUUGCAUUCCUAGCCUGGCUGAAAGAAAAUGGACAGCAGGAACGGCCGAGCCUGGUGGUGGUACCUUCCUCGACCAUGGAUAACUGGGAGCAGGAGCUGAUCAAGUGGUGCCCGUCACUGAUCAUACUGAAGUAUUACGGCAGCCAGGCCGACCGUCGUAUGAUUCGCGUGGAUUGGGCAAAGAACGGAAUCAACGAGGUAGACGUCGUGCUGACCACGUACCACAUGAUGGGUGCGUCGGGCGAGGAAAGGAAAAUGUGGCGCGUAACACAGUUUGACUACGUCGUGUUCGACGAGGCACAUAUGCUGAAGAACGUUCACUCGCAGCGCUACCAGAACCUGAUCCGUAUUAAUGCGAAGCAUCGCAUCCUGUUGACGGGCACACCGUUGCAGAACAAUCUGCUCGAGCUGAUGUCGUUGCUGUGUUUCGUGAUGCCCAAGCUGCUCGGCACUAAGGUGGACGAUAUUAAAGCCCUCUUCCAGGGCAAAGUGAAAACAGGCAAAGGUGAAAUUGAAGAGGAACUGUCCUCGUUUGAGAAGAAUCAAAUUGAUCGCGCAAAGUUGAUCAUGAAACCGUUCGUUCUGCGCCGCCUCAAACAGGAUGUGCUCCGGUUGCUGCCUCCCAAAACGGAUGUAGUGCUGAAAACCCCCAUGAUUGACUCUCAAAGAGAGAAAUACAAUGAGAUUGUGAAUGAGUACCAAAAGGCGACCGGAGUGGUAAAAGAUAAUACGGAAAUAAGCGGAAUGUCCAUCAUGAUGGACCUAAGAAAGCUUGCCAACCAUCCAUUGCUGAUGAGAUAUCACUACUCUGACGAUGAUGUACGCCAAAUGGCAAGAAAGCUGGCCACCGAUCCGGACUACAAAGGUAACAAUGCGGAUGACAUUUUCUACGACAUUGCUUACCUAUCGGACUUCAAGCUGUACAAUAUGCGUGACAAGUACACGACAUUGUACGACUUACGCUUGCCUGAGAAGUUGAUUACGUCUUCCGGGAAAUUUCGGCAGCUGGACGAGCUGUUACCCAAGCUGAAGGAGGAAGGGCAUCGCGUGCUGAUCUUCAGCCAGUUUACCAUGAUGCUGGAUAUUAUGGAGCGAUACUUGAAAAUUCGCAAACACGGCUUCCUGCGGCUAGACGGCUCGACCGCCGUCACCGAGCGCCAGGAGCUGAUCGAUCAGUACACGCAAGAUCCGGAUCUCUUCGUAUUCCUGCUGUCGACAAAGGCGGGCGGUUUGGGCAUCAACUUGACCGCGGCCGACACUGUAAUCAUACAUGACAUUGACUUCAAUCCGUACAAUGACAAGCAGGCGGAGGAUCGUGCCCAUCGCAUGGGUCAAAAGAAGCCCGUUACGAUUUACAAGCUCAUAUCGGAAGGUACGAUCGAGGAAGGCAUGCUAAUGAUUGCACAGCAGAAACUGCAGCUGGAGAAGGAUGUCACCGAGCAGAAUGGCAAUAAUGCGGUGGAUGAUCACAAAUGCAUGGUUGGAUUGUUAACGAUGGCGCUUGGCUUGGACGAGCAGAAGGCAGAAACCAUACUGCAAAACGAGUCUCCCAAGAAGAAACCGAUGGAGGAGGAGUUUUAAUUACCUGGCCGGCUGGAAGCAAUGUCCCUGCUAGGACAUCAUCACCUUACUGCUGCCGUUACGUGUAACCUUCCUUAGCUGAGUGUUGAGAUCGCCAGCCGAUGAUUGUAUCUCUUUGCGAAUGAUCGCCAAAAAAGGCGUAUCUGCACAGCCUUUUUUGUUUCGUGUACAGUUUAUAUCGACUUAAUUACCGAGGAACAGUUUUACUCCUAAGUUCUAUUUAUACGAUGUCUGGACAGGUGUGACGUUGUGGUACGUACAGUGUAGCUAAUUAAUGGCGAAAAAAUAUAUUUCUGCACCAAUUUGUUAAGAAAAUGAACAGCAAAGCG